UUGUGGGCACAAGCUCGCAGGCAGUAAAACCAAAGGAUUUUACAUCCAGUAAAACUCAGGAGGCAGCAGGUUUAUUCCUCUUCUAUAAACCAGUCUGAGUGGGAGUGAGCACAGAGCUGCAGACAGAUCUCCCUUUUGGCUGUUGAAUCUUCCCAACAUGUGGAAAAGUGUCAAUGGCCCCAGCAAGUCGACCCCCAGACCACGUUUCUCCAUCGUUCACCAGUACAUCCAGCGCUUUAAUGAAGUGUCCGGCACCAAAACAGGCGCUACUCGGAGAAGGUCUAAGACUCCCGGAGUGAUGAUCACACAGUAUGAACCGGACCUGCCAGAGGGUAAAAGUACCCCAGAUUUCCAAUGCAAACCGAUUCCAGCAACCGUCCAGGAAGGAAAAACAGCUGUUUUCAGGGCUUUGGUGACAGGGGACCCAAAACCAGAUGUGUCAUGGAGGAGAACUAAAGGGCUUAUUCCAGACAAUGACACGUUUCAACGGAAGUAUGACGACUCAACAAAGGAGCACAUUUUAGAGAUCCACAAAGUGACUGCAGAAGAGGCUGACACCUACAAAUGCUAUGCUGCGAACGAAUAUGGAAAAGCCGUCUGCGCAACUGUGUUAAAUGUGAUGGAUGCAAAUCCAGCAGAUUUCAGAAAAAUGUUGAGGAAAAGUAAAGUACAGCCAGCAGACGGAGAAAAUGAUGAAAGGUUCUGGGAUAAAAUGCUGAAUGCUGACCGGAGCGACUAUGAGCAUAUCUGCUCAGAGUUUGGUGUUACAGACUUACAUCUGAUUCUCAAGAAACUUGAAGAGAAGAAGAUGGAGAGAAAACGAAAGAAGAACAAGCAGGACGGUAUAAGUUCGUCCGAUGAUGAUGCAACAGAGAAGCAUGGUAUUAAAGGUGUUGCGAGGGUAAAGGAUAUAAAGCAUGACCCCUCCCUGCACAAUGACAAGGAGCAGUAUCAACGAGAUGACGGGAAGGUCAACCUGCGCAACAGACAUCUCAAUCAGGCAGACGAUGAAGAGGACCGACUCAUCGCAGAGUUCAAACUUUCCCAUGUGGACUUUGUUAUCAAAAUUCAGGAGAUUCAAGUUCAAGAAAAAGAGGACGCCCUCUUUGAGUGUGUUCUGACCCACCCACUACCGAGGAUCACGUGGAUGAAGAAAGGCGUGGUUGUGGAACAAGGGGGAAGAUGCAGUAUAAUCGUGUCGGAAGACAAACUGAUCCACAGCCUUCUGAUCAAAGACUGCAAUAAGACGGACAAAAGCAUCUACUCGGCUGUGGCCGGCAUCACAUCCUGCAGUGCCUGGCUGGUAGUGGAAGAUGAGAGCGACCCUGAAUUUGCGAGUAAGAAGACAGUCCGUAAAGUUCCAUCGCCUGGUGGAGCACAGACUGACCGUGAAAAAGUGGGCAAAGAGCAGCAAAUAAAACACCAGAAGGAAAUGGGGAGGAUUUCAGGAGGUGUAAAAGCAGAACACACAGCAGGACAAAUGAAAAAAGGAGUAACAAUAGAAGAAUGGAAAGCCACGGUGGAAAAGGCCAAAACAUUAAUGGAAGGUGGAACGGGAUGGAAAUCAGAAGAUCCAGGAUGCGUAACAGACGCAGGACACCCAACUGGAGCAGCAGUCCCUGAGAGGAAGAAAGACACCAAAGAGUCCAGCAGUGGAUGUGUGGAUGUAGAUGUUGAUGUCGACCGGGACCAAAUGUUAAAUCCCAGUGAAAUGGCUGAAUCCAGAGGAACUACAAACUCCACAAUGUCAGUCAUCAAUCAAGCGAAAGCAAAGAAGGUCCAUUGGAAACAGAAUACGUCUGGGGACGGAAGUGACAAUGAAGCAAGUGAUGCUGAUGAAGAUGCUGACUCUGCUGGCCACAACAAGGAUCAGAGAAGUUCCAAGCGAAGUUCCAAGCAAGGCAAAAAGACCACAGGCAAUGGGAGGAUCAUGGAUCCAAAUGAGGACGGAAGUGACAAUGAAGCAAGUGAUUCUGAUGAAGAUGCUGACUCUGCUGGCCACAACAAGGAUCAGAGAAGUUCCAAGCAAAGUUCCAAGCGAGGCAAAAAGACCAGAGUCAAUGGGAGGAUCAUGGAUCCAAAUGAGGACGGAAGUGACAGUGAAGCAAGUGAUUCUGAUGAAGAUGCUGACUCUGCUGGCCUCAGCAAGGAUCAGAAAAGUUCCAAGCGAGGCAAAAAGACCACAGAUGCAGUCAAUGGUAAAAAUUCAUCUCCUGAAGACCAGGGUCAGUGUGAGGAGACUGAAGAUGUCAGUGAGCAUUCAACACAUACGAAACGCAAGAGACAAGGCCCACUGGUGGAGGAUUCAGUGCUCGAUCCGGGUGUUCAGUUCAUCUGGGGUUUGUCUGAUGUCCAUGCCAUCAUUAAUGAGGAAGCUGAGCUAACCUGCAAGCUCAGCAGUGAAGACUGUGAGGGAGUCUGGCUCAGAGAUGGUAAAAAGAUAUCCCCGGACGAUAAUGUGUCCAUCACUAAAGAUGGACCGGUCCAUAAGUUACUCAUAAUCAAGUGCAGUGAAGAGCAUUCUGGGAAAUACCGUUUUGAGGCAGAUGGUCGUAAAACAGAGGCGAUGAUCAACGUCAAAGAUCCCCCAAGGUUUGAUGGCGAAGACCUCCGUACUUUCACUGAGCCUUUGACAGUUAAAGCAGGACACAAUGCUGUUUUCAAACUGCAGUUUGUUGGCCACAAACCUAUAAAGAUUCAGUGGUUCAAAGAAGGAGAAGAGCUCCAAGAUGACAACAAUACAAAGAUAGAGAAAUCUGCCUGUCACAGCCGUCUGCUGCUGAGCAGAUGCCAGAGGAAGGACACAGGAGAGAUCAAGCUCAAGCUCAAGAACGAGCAUGGCUUCACUGAGGCAUUCUCACAGCUUGUUGUGCUUGACAAACCAACUUCACCUCUGGGUCCUGUAGAGGUAAUUGAGAGUUCAGCCAACUGUAUUGAAUUCAGCUGGAGGCCACCAAAGGAUGAUGGUGGUUCACCAGUGAUUAAGUACCUACUUGAGCGUCAACAAGUGGGACGGAACACCUGGAAGAAAAUUGGGGAAAUGCCCACUGUGCCCAGAUACCGUGAUACAAAUGUGGACCGUGGACGGAGAUAUUGGUAUCACAUUCGGGCAGUGACUUUAGAGGGUACAAGUGAAUUGAUGGAAACUGACGACAUGCAAGCUGGCAUGUUUGCUUUUCCAGGCCCUCCAGCACCUCCACAGGUAGUCAGUGCUUUUAAUGACUGUAUAAACCUUUCAUGGGCUGCACCAAGUAACACAGGAGGUUCCCGUCUCCUUGGCUAUAUUUUGGAAAAACACAAGAAGGGAAGUAACCUCUGGACAGUUGUCAAUGCUGUGGAUGAACUGAUCAAAGAGAAGAAAUAUGCAGUGAAGGAUGUUUUUGAAGGUUUGGAAUAUGAGUUCAGAGUUUCUGCCAUAAACCUCUCAGGAGUUGGAGAAUGUAGCAAUCCCUCAGCGUUUGUUCACGCACGGGAUCCAAAGAAACCACCAGGUAAAGUUACGAACCUGAAGGUGACAGAAACCUUUUACACCAGCAUGGGCCUGGCUUGGACCAAACCUGAGGAGAAACCAGGCAUUCAGGAUGAAGCUAAAGGAUAUUUUGUUGAGAUUCGGCGAGCAGACUGCAUUGAAUGGUCCCGUUGUAAUAUCACCCCAGUCAUCACGGCUUCCUUCAAUGUGAAAGGCCUUAAGUCCAUGGACAUGUACUGGGUGAGAGUGAUAGCUACCAAUGAUGGAGGUGAAAGUGCACCUGAAGAGUUACCCAACUACAUCCGUGCAAUGCCUUCACCUAUCAGGCCAAAGUUCACAAACAACAAGAUGAAGAGCUUCAUGGUGGUGAGGGCAGGAAACUCAGUCAGGAUGAGAGUCAACUUUGAGGCCUCACCAUGGCCAGAUAUCUUGUGGUUAAAGGACAAUAUGCCAGUGACAAAGCGUGCUACAAUCAGUAACUCUGAUGGCUCAUCUCAGCUGCUGAUUCCCAGCUCCGAACGAUCCGAUUCAGGAAUCUACUCCAUUUCGGUUAAAAAUCUUGUUGGGCAGGAAACAUACAGUACAGAGAUAUGGGUUACAGAUGACCCAAAGCCUCCUGGACCAGUAGAACUGGAGGAAAACGUGCCUGGAACAGUAACAGUGAUCUGGGAACCUUCCACAGAUGAGAAACGCGAUGACCGUCUCCACUACAUGGUAUCCAAACUGGACUCUACCAAUCGCACAUGGACUACAGUGGCUGAUAGGCUCUUUAAUAACAGGUUCACAGUUUGCAAUAUAAUACAAGGGAGGGAAUAUCACUUCAGGGUUUAUGCCAAAAAUGACAUGGGCAUAUCAAAUCCCUCAGAAUCACCAACCUGGGGGAUGAAGAAAAAGAAAGAUAGAAUCGUGGUAAGUGAACCCUCCAGUAAGAACUGUGAUCUACGAUGUCCUCCGUCCUUCAUCGUACCGUUGAAGUUUCACACUGCCAGCAAAGGUUAUGAAUGCUACAUGAGCUGUGCAGUGAAAGGAAACCCAACUCCUCAUAUCACAUGGUAUCGAAAUCAAAUCAGUCUAAACACAGAUACCAACUACUACAUCUCCAACAUCUGUGGAGUUUGCUCCCUGCUAAUCCUCCAUGUUGGUCCUAAAGAUGUGGGAGAAUACACGAUCACCGCGGUGAACAGCUUAGGUCAAGCUGAAUGUUCCACCAUGCUCAGUGUCAGAGAUUGACAAAGAAGAGGACACCUCGAUUAAGCAUUAGCUAUCCAGUACAUGAUGACAGGAGUGGUUGUGCUGCUUGGAAAUCAAUCAAAUGCUAGAACCGCUGCUAAUAUAAAGAUAAAUCAGUUAUACAAUUAAAAUGUUUGUAUUCCCCUUGGCCCACAUUUUAAACAUUGUAACUUGGUGUCCUGUUAUUCUAAUCAACAAAUAAUUGUAAUUUUUUUUAUAUAAUGUCUUGCCAGCUGAUUGUUGUCGUAAUAAAGUGAUGGGACAGCUUCCGGACGUGUUUUACAGCUGAUCCAAACCCAAAUCUGAAAACAAACAAACAGAUACAUGCAUUGAUUUUUGCGUUUAAUUGGACUUUUAUUUUACUGUACCAGAUUCCAAGAUGGCUCGAGUUUUGUUUUGUCAACUUCAGAUUUUGUCAGGGGUCUAUUGUAAUUUUGCCAGUUCUUCUCACAAUAAAUAUGUGAUGUUCUGGUAUUGAAGAUAUA